AUGAAAUUUACCUUAACGGUUGUGGCCAUUUUAGCCAUUGUGGCCUUGGCUAAAACACAACAGCAGGAUCAAAUUAAAAAGAUACCAGCCUUUGUUGAAUCUUUGAAACAAUUGCAAAGAGGUCCUCCCGUAAUUGAGGUAACGAGCAGAGCUACUGUGGAAACAAAAUGGAUUGAACAAAAAUUGGAUCAUUUCGAUGAUAGCAAUGAAGAGACCUGGCAAAUGCGUUAUUUGGUAAAUGAAGAACAUUUUGAGGAUGGUGGUCCUUUGUUUAUUUAUUUGGGCGGUGAAUGGGAAAUUUUCCCUGGCAACAUACAAAGUGGUAUUUUCCCCGAUUUGGCCAAGGAACAUAAGGGUAUUUUGUUUUAUACGGAACAUCGUUAUUAUGGUCAAAGUAAACCUACUAGCAAUCUCUUGGUGGAAAACAUUCAAUACUUGCAUGUCAAACAGGCCUUGGCCGAUUUGGCCCACUUCAUACGCACUCAACGUGCCACGGAUCCCCGUUUAGCCAACUCUAAAGUAAUCAUUUCCGGUGGCUCUUACUCAGCCACUAUGGUAGUAUGGUUUAGCAAACUCUAUCCAGAAUUGGUUAAUGGUGGUUUUGCCUCAAGUGCUCCGAUUUUGGCCAAAGUUGAUUUCAAAGAAUACAAAGAAGUGGUAGGAAAAGCUUUGCUAGAAUUGGGUUCCCAACAGUGCUAUAAUCGUGUACAAAAUGGUGUGGCCGAAUUGGAGGCCAUGUUUGCCGGUAAUCGUUCGGCUGAAGCUAAAGCCAUGUUGCAGUUGUGUAAUUCUUUUGAUCAUCAUAAUGAUUUGGAUUUGUGGUCUCUGUUUGGCACCAUUUCGAAUAUAUUUUCGGGUAUUGUUCAAUAUCAAAAGGAAGGAGAUGUUCCUUAUUAUUGCAACUAUUUAAUGAGUUUUGAUGAUGAUUUGACUGCCAUAAGCACAUUCUUUUUGUAUCGAGUUGGUGCCUCCAGUGGCUGUGUUGAUGUCAGCUAUAAGGAUACCUUGAGCUACUACAUGGAUUCUACUUAUGCCAAGGGAGCUUCCCGUCCCUGGUACUUCCAAACCUGCAAUGAAUACGGCUGGUAUCAAAGUUCCACCUCGAGAAAUCAACCCUUUGGCAGUAAAUUCCCUGCCUUGCUUUACACCACCUUGUGUUAUGACAUCUUUGGCUCCAAAUACACCAAUGAACACAUUAAUCAGUUGGUGAACGAAACCAAUGAAUUCUUUGGUGGCAUGAAUCCGGAAGUGAAAAAUGUAUACAUGACUCAUGGAGCCUUAGAUCCCUGGAGUGCAAUGGGUCAUGGUUUGUCCGAGGGUGCUUCGGUUAUACCUCGAGCCUCUCACUGUGCCGAUUUUGGUUCCAUAAGCAGUUAUGAUAGUCCCGAAAUGAGAGCCUCUAAGGAACGUUUAGUGGAAUUAGUACGUGAAUGGUUGGCUUAAUUAAA